AUGUCGCAACAACAAGAGAUGACUCUCCACCUUGUUGGAGUUGGUGUUACCCAUUCAAUUGCACCAAAUAUGCACAACUACAUCGCAAAGUCACUUGGUCUUCCAUGGAAAUUCUAUGCGACCGAAUGCCCGACCGAAGAAGAGCUGGUCAAUCUGGCCAAAAACCCCACUACGGCUGGUUUAGUCGUUACGAUGCCCUACAAGAACACCAUAAUGGGACACCUCUCUGAGCUAGAUGAGUUAGCAACCAUUAUCGGUGCAUGCAACAAUGUUUACUACAAGAAUGGCAAUCCGAGACGACUCUGCGGAACCAACACCGACUGGAGGGGAGUCAAAGGCUGUCUCUUGGAGAAAGGCUCAGAGGAAGAAAGACCAUCUGCAGCAUCUCCCGCAUCAGCCUUGAUUAUCGGUGCUGGUGGCGCGAGUCGUGCUGCUGUCUACGCACUUACAGAACACCUGCACUGCCCGACAAUCUAUGUGUUGAACCGCGACGAUGAAGAGGUGGUGAAUCUCAUCCGAGACUCUCAGAAGCUUCCGGCUAUCCCGAACAUCAUUCAUGUCAAGACAAUGGACCAAGCGGAAAAGCUUCCGAGUCCCUACUACAUUGUCGGCACUGUGCCGGAUCUUGAGCCCAAGGCGCCAUCUGAACUUGCGGUCGCUUCUAUUAUGAAGCACUUCCUUUCGCGGCCAAAGAAGGGUGUGUUGCUUGAUAUGUGCUUUAAGCCGAGAAGAACUCGGAUGAUUAAGUUAGCAGAACAGCUUGGAUGGCCUUGUGUUGAAGGAACGCAUGUUAUUGGAUAUCAGAUUGAGGAGCAAUGGCGCUUAUGGGCUGGAGAGGAUGUCUGUCAAAAAUUGGAUCGGGAUGGCGCGUGGAAUGUUCUUUUGAAAGCGGCGGAGGAAAGCAAGGGAAUCAACUUCUAA